AUGCCACCCGUUUUUUUAUUAGCGUUUAGAAUAUCUGUGUAUGGUCAAUUAGAAAUUCUGGUUUAUUUGGAUGAAAGUGAAACUGACUUUCAUUCUCCAAAGAGCGUGAUAAACGUCGAUGAUAGAGAAUUCAAGUUAUCUAGAAGAGACAUCAUGAGGGUUCUUGAUAAUUCAAUGCGAAGGGUAGAGGAAAUGCGCCGGAAAGAGCUCAGAGCUGUAUUGUUAACAAAGAACCCAAAUCCCGAAGGAUCCGAAUUUAUUGAGAACAUGAAAAUAAAAAUGGGAUUCGUAUCAACGAUGGCUGCCGAUAGUCUCAAAAACUUAAUGCACCAACACAGGAAAACCAAAAAACAUAAAAUAGCUCAAUAUUUGCAUUCUUUAGACCUUAACCAUACAGUAAUGGGGAGCGAAUGCCCAUAUAAUUAUGACCCAAAUAAAAAUGAUAGGACGUGUAGAUUAGAUAACCCUUACAGGGAAAUAGACGGGUUUUGCAACAAUUUAAAAUAUCCCUACAGAGGCACAUCUCAUUAUCCAGCUCAAAGAUUUAUUCCAGCUGAUUAUGGAGAUGGUUUAAAUGAACCCAGGCGAUCUAUAAGGGGUGAGGAAUUGCCAAAUGGCAGAAUUAUUAGCAAUUCUGUCUUGCCAUCCACAACUAAAGAUCAUUCUACAGUGACCAAUAUGAUGAUGGUUUUUGGACAACUGAUGGAUCACGAAUUCGCAUUAGCUUCUAGUCCUACAGGAUUUAUGUUUGGAAAAUUAAAGUGCUGUGAUCCCAAAAAUGUAGUUCAUCCUUUGUGUAUGAACGUGAAUUUCCCCAAAAACGACAAAUUUUUUAGUCAGUUCCGGCUGACGUGCAUGGAAAUGGUUAGGUCUUUACCCGCUAUAGAUGUUGACUGCAGAUUCGGUCCUAGAAAUCAAAAUAACGAAGUAACUUCCUAUAUUGACGCUUCCCCAAUAUAUGGAUCUACACAAGAAGUGGGUAAUAGACUUAGAUCCUUUUCGAUGGGCGAACUAAAAAUUCAACAAAACCCUACGAACCCAAGAUUAAAACCAUUAAUGCCCAUAGCUAAUAUAUCAAAUUCAAUGCAAUGCGAAAUCCGAUCAGGGCCUUUCAAAUGUUUUGCCGCGGGAGAUACAAGAGCUAAUGAGAAUUCUUUGUUGAUUGUCAUCCACACCUUAUUCGUUCGAGAACAUAAUAGGAUCGCACAAGGUUUACAAAUAAUUAAUCCUCAAUGGGAUGAUGAAAGAUUGUAUCAAGAGGCUAGAAAAAUUGUAGGAGCAGAAAUUCAGCACAUAUGUUUCAAGGAAUUUCUACCAAUAUUGAUAGGUCAAAAUAACUUGAAAAAAUUUGGGCUUGAACUUAAAGAUACUGGAUAUUUUAUAGGGUAUAACCCAGAAACAGAUGCAUCGGUGGAUCACGGGUUUGUAACAGCAGCGUUUAGAUUUGGGCACAGCUUGAUUAACAAGGACAUGUUUAGAAUCACCAACCAGAGUAGUUCCAUGUCUACUCUCAGUCUUAAAAAAGAUUUCUUUCAACCCCAACACGUUUAUAGGGAUAUUCCGCCCGAGGGAAUGGAUCCACUUUUAAGAGGAAUUUUUUACCAGCACGCUCAGAACAUGGACAAUCAUGUAGUUGAAGAUGUUCGUAACCAUCUCUUCCAACUUCCUCACGAAAAAUUUGGAAUGGAUCUGAUGGUAUUAAAUAUUAUGCGAGCCAGAGAACAGGGUGUGCCCAGUUACAAUGAAUGGAGAGAGUAUUGUGGUUUGACAAGAUACAGGAAUUGGAAUGAUAUGAAGGGACACGUGAUUCUAUCGGCAAUUGAUGGGAUGAGAGCAGUAUAUAAGAAUGUUAACGACGUAGAUAUAUUCGUCGGAGGAAUUUCGGAGAUAAUCCUUAAAAACAAUGGCGAAAAGGAGAGUGACGGUAUACUAGGCCCUACAUUUUCCUGCAUGAUUGGAAACCAGUUCAGAAAUUUUCGGUACGGCGACAGAUAUUGGUAUGAAAACGAGAAUUCUAAGUUCAUUAGCCACGCUUUUCAGCCAAAACAAUUGCAAGAAAUACGUAAAGUGCGGUUAAGUAGAGUGAUUUGCGAUAAUUCCGAUUCAAUUGAUUUAAUCUCAAUAAACGUCUUCAUCGAACCUAGUUUCGAGUAA